AUGCUUGCUACCCGCCAGGUUCUGGGCAAUGUCGCCCGGAGCCGCGUCCUCGCGGGCGCCGCCUCUGGCAUUCGCCGCCUGGCGACUGUCUCUGACAGCCCUCUCGACAAGAAGGUCCGCCAGAACCUUUGGGAGGAGAACAACUUCAUCAACUACAAGAAGAUGUCCGAGAACCUCGACAUCGUCCGCGCCCGCCUUAACCGACCCCUGACCUACGCCGAGAAGAUUCUGUACUCUCAUUUGGAUGAUCCCCAUGGCCAGGAGAUCGAGCGUGGCAGCUCUUACCUCAAGCUCCGACCUGACCGUGUUGCUUGCCAGGAUGCCACCGCCCAGAUGGCCAUCCUUCAGUUCAUGUCCGCUGGCAUGGAUGCCGUUGCCAACCCCUCCACCGUCCACUGCGAUCACUUGAUCGAGGCCCAGAUUGGUGGUGCCAAGGAUCUUGCCCGUGCUGUCGACAUCAACAAGGAGGUCUACAACUUCCUUGCUACUGCUUGUGCCAAGUACAACAUUGGUUUCUGGCGCCCCGGCUCCGGUAUCAUUCACCAGAUUAUUCUCGAGAACUACGCUUUCCCCGGUGGUCUCCUCAUCGGAACUGACUCCCACACUCCCAACGGUGGUGGUCUUGGUAUGGCCUGCAUUGGUGUCGGUGGUGCUGAUGCUGUCGAUGUCAUGGCCAACCUUCCCUGGGAGCUGAAGGCCCCCAAGGUCAUCGGCGUUAAGCUGACUGGUCAGCUCAACGGCUGGACUGCCCCUAAGGACAUUAUCCUGAAGGUCGCCGAUAUUCUCACCGUCAAGGGUGGCACUGGUGCCAUUGUUGAGUACCAUGGACCUGGAACUGAUACCUUCUCAUGCACUGGCAUGGCAACCAUCUGCAACAUGGGUGCUGAGAUUGGUGCCACCACUUCCCUCUUCCCCUUCAACGAGCGUAUGUACGACUACCUUGCCGCCACCAAGCGAACUGAGAUCGGAGAGUUUGCCCGCUCUUACGCCCACGGCCUCCGACCUGACGAGGGUGCCGAGUACGACCAGCUGAUUGAGAUCAACCUUUCCGAGCUCGAGCCCUACAUCAACGGUCCCUUCACCCCCGAUCUGGGAACUCCCAUCUCCAAGUUCAGCCAGGCUGUCAAGGACAACGGCUGGCCCGAUGAGCUCAAGGUCGGUCUGAUCGGCUCUUGCACCAACUCCUCUUACGAGGAUAUGUCCCGCGCUGCCUCCAUCGCCCGUGAUGCCCUCAACCACGGUGUCAAGGCCAAGGCUGCCUUCACUGUCACCCCCGGUUCUGAGCAGAUUCGCGCCACCAUUGAGCGUGACGGUCAGCUCCAGACCUUCGAGGAGUUCGGUGGUAUGGUUCUCGCCAACGCUUGCGGUCCCUGCAUUGGUCAGUGGGACCGUCGCGAUGUCAAGAAGGGCACCGCCAACUCUAUCAUCUCCUCCUACAACCGUAACUUCACUGGCCGAAAUGACGGUAACCCCGCCACCCACUCCUUCGUCGCCUCCCCCGACAUGGUCGUCGCCCUGACCAUUGCUGGCUCCCUCCACUUCAACCCCCUCACCGACACCCUCAAGGACAAGGACGGCAAGGAGUUCAAGCUCGCCCCUCCCACCGGUGACGGUCUCCCCGUUCGCGGCUACGACCCCGGCCAGGACACUUACCAGGCUCCCCCCAAGGACCGUGCCAGUGUCACUGUCGAUGUCUCCCCCACCUCCGACCGUCUCCAGAUCCUUACCCCCUUCCAGCCUUGGGACGGCAAGGAUGCUAAGGAUCUCCCUAUCCUCAUCAAGGCCAAGGGCAAGACCACCACUGAUCACAUCUCCAUGGCCGGUCCCUGGCUCAAGUACCGUGGUCACCUUGACAACAUCUCCAACAACAUGUUGAUCGGUGCCAUCAACGAGGCCAACGAUGAGGCCAACAAGAUCCACAACUUCACCAACGGCGAGUGGGGUGCCGUUCCCGCCGUCGCUCGUGACUACAAGGCCAAGGGUAUCAAGUGGGUUGUCAUUGGUGACUGGAACUACGGUGAGGGUUCUUCCCGAGAGCACGCCGCUCUUGAGCCCCGUCACCUUGGUGGUCUUGCCAUCAUUACCCGAUCUUUCGCCCGUAUCCACGAGACCAACCUGAAGAAGCAGGGCAUGCUGCCCCUGACCUUCACUGACCCCGCUGACUACGACAAGAUCCGCCCUGAUGACAAGGUCGACCUUCUCUGCACCAAGCUCGAGGUUGGCAAGCCUUUCCCCAUGAUUGUCCACCCCGCCGAUGGCAGCCCCUCUUUCGAGAUCCCUCUGUCCCACACCUUCAACGAGCCCCAGAUUGAGUGGUUCAAGAACGGUUCUGCCCUCAACACCAUGGCCAAGGCCGCCAAGAAGUAA